AAAGUGGCCCUAGACUUUUGGAGGAGAGGACAGGACAGGGAAAAGAUCCAGCUGAAAGAUCUAGAGCCGGUGUUAUCCGUCGGCGUUUUUAACAACAAGAACAGUGGUCUCUGGCAUAGCAGCCUCAUCGAUCGAAACCUCAUUGAUUACUUUGUGCCCUUCCUUCCCCUGGAGUACAAACAUGUGAAAAUGUGCAUCCGGGCAGAGAUGAAAUCCCGUGGCAACCCCAUCGAUGAGGAGGUGGUUCAAAAGGUGGCCGACGAGAUGACCUUUUUCCCGAAAGACGAGCGGAUCUACUCCGAUAAAGGCUGCAAAACAGUGCAGACCAAGUUGGAUUUCUAUUGAGGUGGCUUUAGGAUUUUUCUCCUCUCCUUUUACAACAUUAAACUAGGAAGUGGAUGAUGAAGGAUUUCUUGGAGCCACUACUGGAGCACUUUUGAAACAAGGAAAAUCUAUGGAUUUGCACUUUCAAACA